AAAUAUCUAUGUUAUUUCUACUUUUGGAAUUAAAGGACAUUUGAGCAGAUUACCCUCUGCUUCCAUUGGUGAUAUGGUCUUAUGCUCAGUCAAAUAGGGUAAGCCAGCACUUAGAAAGAAGGGUAAUUUAAAUUUACUAUCAUAGUUAUGUAAGCAGUCGUUGUUAGAUAAAGAAAACCAUACAGACGUCGAGAAGGAUAUUAUAUUUAUUUCGAAGGUUUGAAUUAUUAUUAAUUAUAGACAAUGCUGGUGUUAUCAUUAAUCCUAAAGGUGAAAUGAAAGGAUCUGCUAUUACAGGUCCUGUAGGAAAAGAAGCUGCCGAUUUAUGGCCAAAGAUUGCAUCAGCUGCUGGUUCAGUUCUUUGAUAAACUUGCAAUAUAUUCAAGUAUAUUAAUAAACAAACAGUUUCU